GAAUAGCCUAUCGGAGAAGAAAACUUUCGCUCGACUUCUGUGAGAAGCCAAAGAAGGCGAAGAUGAUGGACUGGAACCGCCCUCCAUACCGGAAGUCCGGCGACGUCGAGGAAGGAGGCUCGGCGCGACCGCUUUAUCCGAUGAUGGUGGAGAGACCGGAGCUGCGCUGGGCAUUUGUGCGGAAGAUUUAUGGCAUUCUUUCGAUUCAGAUGCUGCUCACGAUCGCCAUCUCCUCUAUCGUGGUUUCGGUGAAGCCUAUCUCUCAAUUCUUCGUCUCCUCCGGUGGUGGUCUUGGACUUUAUAUUUUCCUUAUCUUCUUGCCAUUUCUAGUUAUGUGUCCGUUGUACCACUACUACCAGCAGCAUCCAAUAAAUCUUCUUCUACUUGGCAUAUUCACUGUGUCCAUCAGUUUUUCCGUGGGAUUGACAUGUGCUUUUACAGAAGGGAAGGUGAUUCUAGAGUCCGUUAUUCUCACUGCCGUGGUGGUUGUCAGCCUCACCCUCUACACCUUCUGGGCUGCAAAGAGAGGCCACGACUUCAGCUUCCUCGCUCCAUUCUUGUUUGCUGCAGUCAUGAUAUUGCUGGUUUUUUCCAUCAUCCAGCUUUUCUUUCCUUUGGGAAGGAUCUCCUUGAUGAUCUAUGGGGGCCUUGCUUCUCUCAUCUUCUGCGGAUAUAUCAUAUAUGAUACAGAUAAUUUGAUCAAACGUUAUGCUUAUGAUGAAUAUAUCUGGGCUGCUGUGGCUCUGUACUUGGACAUUAUCAAUCUGUUCCUCUCCUUGCUUACUUUGUUCAGAGCUUCUGAUAGUUGAAACAGUUGAGAGAAAAUAGCGAGCAUAUGAAGCUUGAUUUUGUGAUAUUUGUGCCUCUGUUUCUUCAUUUAAUGGGAUUUUAACUGUAUUGGAUUGAAGUGAAAGAAUAUGUGAAGAAUGUUAUUGCUUCAUGUCA